CACUCACUCACUCACUCACACGCACCAACCGGUUACAUUCGUCCGUGGAAACGCUGCGUGAGCGGUGUGGACGUCGCUCCUCCACUGUGCUUUUUUAAACAUCUUUUUUUGCCUUGUGACUUAGUGACAUUUAUAUUUAUAUGACCACUGUGGAUUUGUGCCGACGAGUGGCGUGGAUUUGUCUGGCUUGUGCACAUCCACUCAACGCUGGUGCUUUUUGUUAACUUUUCCACUGGAGGACUAUCACUUUUGGUUUUGGUUUCCACGGGAUACGGAAUCCAAAGUGGUGGACUUUUUAAAAAGAAAAACAUGAAGUCGUCGUGACCCCGCAGUCACAUUUGUUUUUUUUAUUUUAAUUUCAUUUGGAAGGGGAAAGACAUACGGAGUCCUUCCAGUGGGAGUUCCCACUUCCACUAUAUAGUUUCUGGACACAACUGGCACUGAUUUUUAUUUCCAUUUUUAUUAUUCUGGGUGCAAAAGAGAGACAAUAUGCCCCAGUUGUCAGGAGGCGGUGGCGGUGGUGGAGGAGACCCGGAGCUGUGCGCCACGGAUGAAAUGAUCCCGUUCAAAGACGAAGGAGAUCCACACAAGGAGCAAAUCUUCGCCGAGCUCAGCCACUCGGAGGAGGAGGGAGACCUGGCAGACAUCAAGUCCUCGCUGGUCAACGAGUCAGAGGGCAGCCCCAACAGCAACAGCCAUGAUGCGGUGAGACAGUCUCAAGACUCGUAUCAUGAAAAACACAGAGACCAUCCCGAUGACGGCAAGCAUCAGGACAUGUACAGCAAAGGCCAUCCCUACCCCAGCUACCCGAGUUACAUCAUGAUGGGCAACAUGAAUGACUCCUAUAUGACCAAUGGCUCCCUCUCGCCGCCCAUGCCCAGAACGUCCAACAAAGUUCCUGUGGUGCAGCCGUCCCAUGCAGUCCAUCCGCUCACCCCGCUGAUUACAUACAGCGACGAGCACUUCGCUCCAGGUUCCCAUUCCGGCCAUCACCCCCAGGAUUCCAAACAACAAGGAAUGUCGAGGCAUCACCCCGGACCAGACAUGUCCAACUUCUACUCUCUGUCUCCUGGAGGAGUCGGACAGAUCACGCCGCCGCUGGGAUGGUUCUCCCACCACAUGGUCCCUGGACCGCCAGGUCCACACGCUACAGGUAUCCCCCAUCCAGCCAUCGUCAACCCGCAGGUCAAACACGAGCCCCUGCACGAAACGGACAUCAUGCACAUGAAGCCCCAGCAUGAACAGAGAAAGGAGCAGGAGCCCAAAAGACCGCACAUCAAGAAGCCGCUAAACGCCUUCAUGCUUUACAUGAAAGAGAUGCGCGCCAAUGUGGUCGCGGAGUGCACACUGAAAGAAAGCGCCGCCAUCAAUCAGAUCCUGGGACGGAGGUGGCAUGCUUUAUCUCGGGAAGAGCAAGCUAAGUAUUAUGAGCUAGCCCGCAAGGAACGGCAGCUCCACAUGCAGCUCUACCCAGGCUGGUCUGCUCGAGACAACUAUGGAAAGAAGAAGAAGCGGAAGAGGGAGAAGAUGCAGGAGUCGGCCACAGGUACAGGACAGAGAAUGAAAACGGCGUACAUCUGAGACAAAUGGAGGAAAACGUAACAACUUCUCCACAUGCAAAGCCAAGGCAGCAGCUACGGGGCCUCUGCUGGAGAUGGAGGCCUGCUAAGAUUCCAUACUGAUCCUAUACUCCCACUUAUUACCUGACACCCCCCCCCCCCACUACCACCACUCUGUAAAACAGUAACCCCCUGCACUCCCCCUGCUGGAGAGACAUUGAACUGAACACGACAAUCACCAUUGGAGCACACGCUCACUCUGUCACCCACACACACUCCAUUUAAGUUAUUGUAAGUUAUUUGUCACCUCUUAUGUGUGCUUUGUUAGCCCCCGCCCCUGCGCCCCCCCUCCUCACUGGAUUCUUGAGACCAUUUUUGGGGUUGAGAGCGACCAAACACCUCUUGUAGAUUGCACUAAGGAGCAUGGAGGGAUCUCAUCUACCGUUCUUAAGUUGGACCAGCCAAUGUUAUCAUUUUAUUGACUUUUUGAGCCCUUUGUUUGUAAUGUGUAUUUUGGUUGUUUUUUUGUUUUUUUUUAAUAAAUAUAUAGUGCGAUAUGAUAAGCUUUGGACACAGGAAAGCCAUUUUUCUUGUUGAAGCAUCUUGCAGAAAAUGGAACCUUCUUUUUUUUUGAUAACUUUGUAAGGACAUGGUCAGAUGUCAAAUAACGCUCAGCGUGUGUGCGUGCGUGUUUUUCAGGAUAUUGUCAAUUUUCUUGGUAUUUUUGCAGGCAACAUUACGACAUGCAGGUGAGAGUAAGGCCUAUAUUUUAUUGUUGGACAAAAACAAAAAAGACAAAUGAAGCAGAUAUAUAUAUUUACCCCAGCACUUGGCAGACUGUCUUUUAUUGCAAUGGACCUUUUUGUCUUUAGUUCUUCUUCUGGUAGCAAAUAGUGUGCUCGGUUUUGUUUUUUUUAAACCCCUUUCUCCCCAUGCAAGCAUCUCUGUAAUAUUUUGAUUCUCUAUUUUACUAUUCCUCCAUGAUGAUGAUGAUGAUGAUGAUGAAUUUCUCUUUGUGUUGAUAUAAUUUCAGGUCACUGUCAUCUUGGGAGUAGCACUUUGCUUCCCAAGUGGUCAUAUUUGAACUGUUUCACUUGUUUUUGUUUUUUUAAGAAAAAAAUAAAAAGGCACCAUUUGCUCA